CUAGCCUAUAAUAUCAACACGUUAACCCCUCUACCGCGUCUAUUAUGCAAAUAUCCCAACUUGCGACGCGUUCCGAGAUUCAGUGCAGAAGAAUCCCUUGGCGGUUGCGUAUGCUAAGUAUGUGCUAGUUCUGUAUUAGAAUUUGUAUACCAAGUACAUAGUAUCUGUGGACAUAGAAUACUUCUGCAAUACGGUAACAUCCUUAAAAGUAGCGAUAUUUUGUAUAUCGCGGUCACAAUGAAUUCUAGAACUCUAAAAAUGAUACAAUUGGUGGUCCCGAAAAAAUCAGAAGGCACCCCGAAGGCUGGCAUACAAUAUCAAGAGAAAGGAGCUCAUCUACAUCGUUUACUCCGAGUGCCAAACAAAAAAUUGGAGAGGCUAUUACAGAAGGUAAGUGACAUUAGACUUCGAUACUGUAUAAACUAUAAAGGUAUAAUCUACAAAAGACGAUUUGAGGGUCACUCGAAGAGGAAUAAGAAGGGAAAACUGAUUGGGUUAUAGGGUUAUAGCUAAACAAUUAUUAACCCCACUAUUAUUUUCUGUAGGUGGAUCUCAAAAAUUUUCCCACAUUCGUUCGUGUUGCCUUUCUGUUAAUUUACAAAGUC